AGGUCACUCAGCGGUGAUAGCAAACCUCUUGGUUGAUUUCUGAAAAAUUCGACUGUCACAUUGGGUUUCUUGUCUGCUGUUUCCGAUAUGACCUCAUCGGAUAAUCUUCCCCUUAAUGAACUUGAAAAGGAAUUACUCGACCCAAAUUCGGAAUGUUAUUUGGAAAACUUAUUGGAUGUAGUCUCGGCACUGGUCAGUGAUUGUGAUUUUCCCUCCGCCAAGAAUUCAAAAAGCGUGCAGUCUUUUCUUAAGAAAUAUAGUCAAGCUGCUAAAAUUAUUGAAUCACGUCGAACAAAAUAUAAUGAUUUUGAAUUAAUCAAAGUGAUUGGACAAGGCGGUUUUGGUCGAGUUGAAUUAGCCAGACACAAACGUACACGACGUGUUUAUGCCAUAAAAUUAAUGAGUAAACAACAUUUAUUAGAUCAUAGUCAAUCGGGUUAUUGGGAAGAACGUGAUGUGAUGGUGAAAGCAUCCAGUGAAUGGUUGGUUGCAUGUCAUUAUGCAUUUCUAGAUAAAGACAAUGUUUAUUUAUGCAUGGAAUAUAUGCCUGGUGGUGAUUUAUAUUAUUGGUUAGAAAAAUAUGAUACAUUCGAUGAGACUAUUGCACGUUUUUAUCUUGCUGAAACUGUACUUGCAUUGGAAGCUUUACAUCGACUAGGUUUUAUUCAUCGUGAUUUAAAACCAGAUAAUAUGUUAUUAGAUGCAGUGGGACAUUUGAAAUUAGCGGAUUUCGGUUCAUGUGUACGUGUUGGUGAAGAUGGUUAUUAUUAUUGUACAUCACCAAUUGGUACACCAGAUUAUAUUAGUCCAGAAAUGUUAAGUUGUCAAGCAAAACCGGAUAGAAUUGGACCAGCAUGUGAUUGGUGGGCAUUAGGUGUAAUUGCAUAUGAAAUGUUUUUUGGUGAACCAGCUUUUUAUGGACAAUCAUUAGUGGAAACGUAUAGUCGUAUAUUAGGUCAUGAGAAAUCUUUACGUAUACCAACAGAUGCUGAUCCAAUAUCAAUGGAAACUGAAUUAUUUAUUAAAGAUUUAUUAAAAUCAUCUACAAAUCGUUUAGGUUCAUUUCAUUUGCUGACAGAAAGUGAAAUUAUCGCAGCAAAAAAUAAUCGAGCUGUUGCUGCUGCUCAACAAGUGAAAUCACAUGUUUUCUUUCAAUCAAUUAAUUGGGAACAAUUGCGAUCAAUGAAUCCACCAAUUCAACCGAUUGUUAAUUCAGAGACAGAUACAUCUAAUAUAAAUUUUGAUGAAAGAGAUUUAAGUUCAGGUAGCAACAAUAACAAUAACAAUAGUGGUGGGGGUGCAAUGAAAUUACCACAUAGUGGAGGAGGUGCAUUUGCAUCGGCACGACCACAACCACCAGCCUAUUUCACUGGUAGUAAUUUAUCGUUUGCCGGUUUCACUUUCAAUCGUUAUCAUCGUUAUUUGGAAAUGUUCUCAUGUGGUAUAAACUCAACUAAUAAUAAUAAUAAUAGUACUGUUCAAUCAAUGACAGAUUCUUGUACAUUAGAUAAAUUAAAUGAAGCAUUAGAACGUCAAAAAUUAACUGAACAAACACUCAGCGAAUUAAAACAAUCCUAUCAAAAUUUAGAAUGUCAAUCAGCAAAAGAUCAAAUUAAUUUAAAAGAUAUGAAAAGACGUUUACUAGAAUCACAAAAUGAAAUAGAAUUAAUCAAAACAACUAAAAUAGAAUUAGAUCGUCAAUUCACUGAAAUCAAUACACAAUUAACCAGUGUACAAUAUGAACGUGAACGUUUACAAAAUGAAUUGAAAGAAUUCGAAUUACGUUAUCAAUCAUUGACUGUAAAUUUAGACAAUGAACGUCGUGAUAAUUCUAUGCUGAAAAUAGAAAAAGAUAAUUUAGAACAACGUAUUAAUCAAUUAGAACGUGAUUUAAAACAAAAAUCCACUGAAAUGAAUCAUCGGACUUCGGAAUUAAUUUUAUCCAAAUCAAUUGAUAAACAUGAUAGUGUUGAUCAUGAUAAUCCUAGUGAAAAUUACACCCUGAUUAUUACACAACAAAAUGAUUUGAUUACAAACUUAAAAUUACAAAAUGAUAAUUUACUUAUGGAAAAUCAUGAAGUACAAGAUAAAUGUACUGCAUUGAUGAAUAUUGUCAAUGAAUUACGUCGUAAUUUAGAAGAACAAGUAAAAGAAUUAACGGAACAAUUACAAACAACCCAAGAAUUGAACACAUUGAAUGUAAAUAAAUAUAAAGAAACCUAUGAUACAUUAGAACAAAUGAAAUUAACCGAAGAUAAUCUGCGUCGUGAACUAUUGACAACACAAGAAUUAAUGGAACAAUCGAAUCAAUUGAAAUGUUCCAUGGAAGAACAAUUAAGAAAUAAAGAAUUAGAAUUAGCUAUGCAACAAGUUGAAUUGCGUAGUUUAGAAACAAAUCUUGCCAGUUUACGUAAAACCACCGAGAAUGAUACAUUACAUUGGAAUAAUUUAUUAGAAAGAAAUAAAUUAGAAAUAAAUAAUUUAUCGAAUCAAUUAGAUGAAAUGCGUAAUCGUUGUGCUAGUGUUGAAACAACUAAUGGUCUAUUAACAGAACGUGUUCAACAAUUACAAAAAGAUAAAGAAAUACAACAACGUAAUUUAGACGCGUUAGUUGAGAAAUUCUACACAGAAAUGAAAUCACGACCAAUGUUAGUACCGGCCCCGUCAUCUUCAUCAUCAUCAUCAUUGUCUGCAUUGUCAUCGACAUUGUCAUCGAUUAAUUUGAAAAAGAAAUUCACUGCCAAUCAUGAUGAAUAUAAACAAUUGGAGAAAAAAUAUAAAAAUUUACAAUCGACCAGUGAAAAAGAUAUUGCUAACUUGCAUGCAACUAUUGAUCAGUAUAAAAAAGAUCUUGCUGAACGUAAUCAACAUAUUACUAAUUUAACGGAAGAAUAUCAAAUCAUCUAUAAAGAAUUAGGUCAACAAAGACAAUUGGAAAGGAAUUUACGUGCUCGUUUGGAUUAUUAUGUGAAUAUGCAAUCGACACCGAUUAAAUCGUUACAAACGACUACAAAUAAUCAGAAUAUUAAUGAUACGCUAGAUUCUGUCAGUAUUAAUAAUAAUAAUUUCGAUACCAUUUAUGGUGUGAAUUCAAAUUUAUUAAAUAUCAUACUUGAAGAUAUUGUUGAUAUUGAUAGUAAAGGACGUGGAAAGAAUAAAUUAAUAUGGUUGCCUAAAUAUGCUGUAUUAAAAUGUUUCUCUUUAUUAUUUUAUCCAUCACGUGCUGAACGUGAAUCAAAUCCUUCAUUGGCUGAAGAAAUUCCAUUGCAUAGUGUAAGUUAA